CGGUCAUGUGAUCAGCUUUGUCCAAUCACAGCUGAUCACAUGAGACGUGCACUGAUCAUCAGUGUAGCUUCAGCAGUGCCACCUGUCAGUGCCCAUCAAUGCCACAUAUCAGUGCCCAUCUGAGCUGCCUUUCAGUGUCACCUAUCAGUUCCAGUCAGUGCCGCCUAUCAGUGCCAUAUAUGAGUGCUGCCUUUCAAUGCCCAUCAGUGCCACAUACCAGUGCCUCCUCAUCAGUGCCCACCAGUGCCUCCUCAUCAGUGCCCACCAGUGCCACCUACCAGUGCCCAUCACUGCAGCCUCAUUAGCGCACAUCAGUGA